AUGGCAGACUGUCCAACUGACUGGAGCGGCAUCACGCUCGCGUUCCUCACCCAGGCUCAACUCCAGCGACCAGACUUUUGCACCGUCUGCGACUGCCCACUCACGCUAGAUGGAGUGCAGAUCGCCAACAUGGCCUACCGGCCCUCACUAGCCGGCAACGUUCUCUUUGCUGCCAUCUUUGGCGUCUUCUUGGCCGCACACAUAUUCUUAGGACUGCGGUACAAGACGCGAGGUUUCAUGAUUGCCAUGGUAUGCGGUCUGAUCCUCGAGAUUGUUGGCUACGUUGGUCGUAUCCUGAUGAGAUCGCACAUGUUUGAUUUCAACUACUUCAUCAUAUAUCUCGUUUGUCUCACGAUUGGACCGGCGUUUUUCUCGGCUGCCAUCUACCUCACACUUUCGGCCAUCAUCGUCAUCUACGUACCAGAGAGAGCUCGCUUCAGACCGCAGACCUACACGUACAUCUUCAUCACGUUCGACUUAAUAGCGUUGGUUCUGCAAGCAGCUGGGGGCGGCAUCGCGUCCACCGCUGGAACCAAUUCUGCCGCGAAACAGGGCGGCAUCGACGCCAUGGUUGCCGGAGUCGCCUGGCAGGUCGUCUCUUUGGCUUUGUUCGGCUUCUUAGCCCUCGACUACUGGGUCCGCGUGACGCGCCGCGACCCAAGCGUCCAUGAGAUGAACCCAAUGUUUGAGCAGCUGCGCCGCCGUCGCGUGUUUCAGCCUUUCUUCCUGGUCGCCAUUUUCCUUGCAGGCAUCUUCAUCUUUGUACGGUCCGUGUUUCGAUGCGUUGAAUUAUCGGACGGCUUUGACAGCGCCCUCGCCAACGACGAGGUGACUUUCAUGGUGCUCGAAGGGACCAUGAUCAUCUUGGCGUGUGUGCUUAUGACUGUGUUCCACCCAGGUCUUAUUAUAGGAGCGGAGGGGUGGUCGAUUGCGCGUCGGAAGCGUGCGCCAAAGUCGUUUGAGCCGGCGAUGAGGUUGUCGGAGUUGUAG